AUGAGCGACGUCACCACGGCGCUCACAUCGGCCUGCGCCUACAAGGCCCGCGACGACGAUGGCCUGACGUCCCGCUCCUCGACCAACGUCGCCGUCGCCUCCGGCUCCGAUCCGAACAACGGUCCGGACCCGACGACGAGGCAACGCCGCCGCCACUCCUUCUUCCUGCCCCGCCGCAAGUCCAUCGUCGAAACCAUCAUGGACGGCGAGGAAGGCCUGCUGCUCAAGGUCGACCUCUUUCUGUCCGAGCUCGAGCGCCGCCUCGACUUCAUCGAGAGCUAUGGCGACCUCGGCCGCGACUACAGCAUCUCGCGCGCCUUUUCCACCCUGCAGGCCGUCCGCACACGAUGCUCCCAGGCCUCCGAGGAGGUGCUCGGCGCCGGCCGCCGGCGCCUGCACGUCAUGGUCGAGACGCUCGAGGCGCGGUACCAGGAGACGCUUGAGGCCACCGAGUCUCUGCACGAAAAGGCUCGCGUCGGCAUCGACCUCCUCGAGGACAUGCUCUCCGAGUUUGAGGUCCGCGCCUACAAGUUGCGCGAGCAGGGGCUCGCCAACGCAGCCAACGCCGCCGAGGCCUUCAUGGGCGAAGGCCGCCGCGUCGUUGACGAGGGUAUCGAGCGCGCCCGCGGUGUCGUCGAUGAGGGUAUCGAGCGUGCUAUGCGCGCCGCUUAUUCCCUCGAAGAACACAUCCAGCAGGCUGUCGCCCUAGCCCGCGAGCGCCGCCUCUUGCUCUACGAUGAUCUGCCCAUGCCCUGGCGCAACAACCCGCACAUCAAGCGCGGCUACCGCUUCACCGAGACCAAGGUCGAGUGCGUGCGUUCCAUGUUCAACAUUUCUAACGAGUCCUUCAACAUCUGGUCCCACGCCCUCGGUCUCGUCCUCGUCCUCGCCGUCGCCUUCUACUUCUACCCCAGCAGCGCCAACUUCGACCUCAGCACCAAGACGGACGUGUUCGUCGCCGCCGUCUUCUUCGUCAUGGCCUGCCUGACCCUCGUGUGCUCCACCAUCUGGCAUACCAUGAACGCCGUCGCCGACGUCGACGCCAUCUCCAUCUUCGCCUGCGUCGACUACACGGGCAUCUCCCUCCUCAUCGCCGCCUCCAUCAUGACCACCGAGUACACGGCCUUCUACUGUGAUCCCGUCAGCCGGUGGACCUACAUGUGCCUCACCGCAUUCCUCGGCGUCGGUGGCGUUGUCCUGCCGUGGCACCCGCGCUUCAACGGCGCCGACAUGGCCUGGGCCCGCGUCGCCUUCUACGUCGGCCUCGCCCUCACUGGUUUCAUGCCCAUCCUGCAGCUGUACUGGACACACGGCCCAGACUUUGUCACCAACUUCUACUCCCCCAUCACCAAGUCCAUCCUGGUCUACUUCGGCGGCGCCGUCGUCUACGCGAGCAAAAUCCCCGAGCGCUGGUGCCCCGGCAUGUUCGACUACAUUGGCGGGAGCCACAACCUCUGGCACGCCGCCGUCCUCGGCGGCAUCCUCUUCCACUACACCGCCAUGCAGCAGUUCUUCGCCAACGCCUUCCACCGUGCCGAGGGCGGCUGUCCCUCGUACUAG